AUGCUAACAGCUGAGCUGUCACUUUUGGAGUUGUGCACGUUUGCGAACAGGUCAGGUGACACGGUUCUGGUUCUGUUGGGUUCUGCUGGUCCAGGUGAAGCCGUGGACACAGACCUUGUGUGUGUUUGUUUCUUCUCUCAUCUCUGUGGAUCCGUCCAGAACCGUCCAAACCUGAGGCUGAAGAUGCUGCUGGUUCUGGUUCUGUUCGCCGUCGGCCUGAACUCAGGUUCAGCUGCAAAGUUGGGCGUGGUCCAGACGGAGGGGGGGCGGGUCGAAGGCAAAAGCCACCGCAUGGGCCUGAUGAGGAGCGUGGACGUCUUCAAAGGGAUCCCCUUCGCUGACGUCCCUGGAAAAUGGGAAAAACCCAAACCUCAUCCUGGAUGGAGCGGCGUCCUGAAGGCCACCACGUACCGUGAACGCUGCCUGCAGGUGACGCUGCUGCAGACCAAAACCCAGGGCAGUGAGGACUGUCUGUACCUGAACAUUUUCGUUCCACAGGGACGUAAACUGUCGACCAACCUCCCGGUGAUGGUGUACCUUUUCGGGGGGGCCUUCCUGCUGGGGGCGUCCAACGAUGUGGCGAUCCUCGGAGACUCGCUGUACGACGGGAAGGAGAUGGCCGACAGGGGCGGAGUCAUCAUCGUCACGGUGAACUACCGGGUGGGGACCCUGGGCUUCCUGAGCACCGGAGACACCCGAAUGCCAGGGAACUACGGCCUCUGGGAUCAACACUUCGCCAUCUCCUGGGUCCGCAGGAACAUCCACAGCUUUGGAGGAAACCCCGACAACAUCACCAUCUUCGGCCAAUCAGCAGGAGCCGCCAGCGUCAGCUACCAGAUGGUGUCUCCGUACAGUUCCGGUCUCUUCCGCAGGGCCAUCACUCAGUGUGGCGUCUCCCUCAGUCCCUGGGCUCUUCAGAAAAACCCCAUGGCUCUGACCAAGAAGAUCGCUCGUAAAGUGGGCUGUUCCAGAACCAAUGAAGACGACAUGUUGGCGUGUCUGAAGAUAUCGGACCCAGUCGGACUCACCAUGGCCGGAAAAAUUGACGUGAUGCAAUUGUUGGGAAAAGGCGUCGUCAUGGAUCUCCUGGAACUCUCUCCGGUGGUCGACGGUGACUUCAUCCCGGAUCAUCCCAGUAAACUGUUCCAAAACACCGCUCAGUUCGACUACAUGGCGGGGGUCAACAGUAUGGACGGACACAUCUUCGCUGGUGUCGACGUUCCCUCCAUCAACAGGUUAAAGGCCAACACCACCACGGAGGACGUUCGAGGUCUUCUGGCCGGUCUGACCAAAGAGAAGGGGACGGCCGCCAUCUCCUCGGCGUACGGUGUUUACUCCGCCCACUGGGGUUCGGCUCCGGAUCCAUCUGUGGUGAAGAAGACGGUGGCGGACAUGGAGACCGACUUCCUGUUCCUGGUCCCGACCCAGAUCGCCCUGCAGCUCCAUGCCAACAACACCAGUGGAGCCCGUACCUACUCCUACCUGUUCAACAUGAAGACUCGUAUCCCAGGAUUCCCCAGUUGGGUGGGGGCGGAGCAUGCAGAGGACCUCCAGUACCUGUUCGGUAAACCCUUCGCCACACCGCUGGUCUACUUCCCCCGACACCGAGACCUGUCCGGGUACAUGAUCGCAUACUGGACCAACUUCGCCAGGACCGGUGAUCCCAACACAGGUGACAGUCGAGUCCCAGCCCCGUGGCCGGCUUUCACCAAAUACCAUCGACCGUAUCUGACCAUCAACCACAAGAUCUCCAAGUCCUCUGUCAGCUAUGACCUGAGGUCCACCUACGUGGACUACUGGACGACCACAUACAGCACCCUGCCAUCAGUGAAGACCCAGGACUUGGACUGACCCACAUGGAACCAGGACUUGGACUGACCCACAUGGAACCAGCAGAGUCUGAGGGCUGGUCUUCACUCAGUCAAAUAAAGUCU